CACAGGCUGACUUUCAUAUGUUAGUUCCUCUAGACAAAAAUGAGGCUAGAGUGGUGUGACAUUGUGCAAAAAAAAAAAAAAAAUCCAAAUCGCUAACAGUCGGGGACACUAUAAAUAUACAGUGGAACCUCGAUUUAACGGACCUUUAUUUAACGGAUUUCAGAUUUAACAGACAAAAUCUGGAAAACCAAAUGUCCGGUCGAUUUGUUUAAAAUUUCACUGGGAAGCGUACCAAGACCAGUAGUAGUAAUUGUCAACUAGCUGGUGCACGUCUCUCUGUUUACAUGAGUGGUAGACUUUAUUUUGUCAGGAGGCUCGCUCUGUUCUCGCCUUUUUCUCUGUGUUUUAUGCUCAAUUUUUGCAAGUUCAAGUUAUGCACCAGCACUGCUCCAGUAACCACCAGCAGUGCUUCAUCUCCUCCACCACACAAGAUAGUACUCCUGGUCCUGGUCCUGGUCCUUACAGACGCUAUGAUCGACUGCCUCCCAUUCAGGCUCAAUUCUCUAUUGAGAGUGAUUCUGACAUGACAGAGUCGUCAGGACUCAUCCAGGAAUAUGACGUUUUUGAUCCGUCAAAACCACGACCCCACAUCAUAUUUAUCAUAGGUGGUCCAGGCAGUGGAAAGGGCACUCAGACGUCUAAGAUCGCAGCUCAUUAUGACUUUGAAUGUGUGUCCGUGGGGGAAAUUUUAAGGAACCAGCUGCUACAGCAUGCUCCCAGUGACAGGAAAUGGGAGCUGAUUGCCCAGAUCAUUGCCAAUGGAGAACUGGCACCUCAGGAGACCACAAUCGAGGAGCUUAAGCAUCAAUUCAUCAAGAAGCAGGAUGCCAAAGGCUUUAUUGUAGAUGGAUUUCCCAGGGAAAUAUCUCAGACAUUCACUUUUGAAGAACAAAUUGGCUCUCCAGAUCUGGUGAUUCUACUGGCAUGUUCCAACCAGCAGCUGCGCCAGCGUCUGGAGAAACGUGCCCUGCAGCAGGGUCGGCCUGAUGAUAACACACAUGCCAUUGAGAAAAGGCUCGAUACCUUCAAGCAGAACAUCACCCUCAUAGCCAAGUAUUACCAGGAGAGAGGACUCAUAACUAGAGUGGACGCAGAUCGAGAGGAGGAUGACAUUUUCACAGAUAUCAAAACCAUAGUUCAGGAGAGACUGUUCCCAAAGGAAGAGGAGCCUUAACUGAAGAAUUCUUGGGGGAUCUUCAGCAUUUCAAGUCUUUUGUUAAAGUAAUUUUAGAUGUUGGACAUUUAUAUGAUGGAUGCUUUUGAUUUCGCACAGCAGGAUGGGUUACAUCACAAAGUAAAAUAUUGUGAUACAUUUGGAUGGAUCCUUAUGGAUCCUUAUAUUAAUUUGCAAAUAUACUGCCAACAAAACUGUGAGGAUACUCAAAGACUGUAUAAAGGUGUUAACUGUCCAAUACUUACUUUAUAUUUGACUUAAUAAAGGUCAGUACAGUACAGUUCAUCUCUGUAUGUUUAAUGUUUUUUUUUUAAUUAGCAUAUGCGUGGACCAUGGGAGGUUUUUCUAUACCUAAGGUUUAUUUUUUAAUCUGA